AUCAGAAUAAGAUCUUGAUAUGAAACUUGAUUUUUUUUUUGAAAUAUUAUAAAUUGACGACAUGUACGGAAAGUUAUCUUUGAAACUACGAGAUCUGAACGAUCACUUAGUGUGUGCUUUAUGUGGUGGCUAUUUCAUCGAUGCUACGACGAUAAUCGAAUGCUUGCAUUCAUUCUGCAGGAGUUGCAUUGUGACGUAUUUGGCUUCAAACAAAUGCUGUCCAAAAUGCGAGAUACCUGCGCAUAAAACUCGACCUUUACUGAACAUAAGAAGCGACAAGACAUUGCAAGAUGUCGUCUAUAAACUGGUACCAAAUCUUUUUGACAAGGAAAUAAAGCGCAAAGAAAGCUUUCAUGAAGAAACGGGGAUACCGAUGAAUGUGGAAGAACGGAAACGUGUAUUAGUUACUAAUACACCAGAGAAGAAGGAACAUCGUGUUAGUUUGUCCAUUGAAUAUGACACUCGACACGUGACCCUAACUGACAAUUCACUGUGGAUAAAAGAAGAGACUUCAUUCCCGAAACGUUACUUAAGAUGCUUUGACACUGUCACAAUAGGAACUAUCAACAAAUUAAUACGAAAUAAACUUUCACGUGAUGAUUUGGAGGUGAUUACGUUUUGUCGGGGUGAGUUGUUGCCAGAAAAAUACACUUUAAUGGAUGUCACAAAAACAUUUGCAUGGAAAUCUGAUCGGCCAUUGUCACUGACGUAUAUGACUUUCAAGUCGAAAAAUAGAAAACGAAAAAUAUUGGAGGAUAUUUUGAAUGCUAAACAAGAAAGCAGUGUUCCAGCAAAAAAGUUGUUUAAAGAAAGUCCCAUCUCUAAGAUGUCAUCAAAUGUAAGCGCUAAUCAUCAGUUAAAUGACAACAAGGCGAAUGAACUGAAGGCUCUAUCUAGUACAACGAAUGAACUGGCGUUCAGCAGUCAUUCAUCCGGUACAAACACGAAAUCCCCGUUGUCAAAAUCGAAGAUGACCACUGUAGGAUCCUCCAAAAGCCACGGUAAUUCACAAAAUGGAGGAAAAAAUAAGUCCUAUUCUGUAAUGAAUGUUCCUUUAUUGGAAGCAGUCAAGGCCCCAGUAGCAGAAGCUUCUCAGAAAACAAAUUUAUUGCAACAGCGCGGCAAUCGGAAUUUGUCGCAAAUGUCAGCGCAACGCCAAGAUGGUCUCAAGGAAGCAACGCAACAUGCGCACUCGUUAUCUGGUGUGGAACGCGUAAAAAGCAUCAACUCUAUUGCUAACAGACUUCAGAUUAAGCAGCAAAUGCAGAACGAAAAGUCUCGCUCAGAAACUGAAGUGAAAAGCUUCGUCAGCCGAGAAGACGCUAAUCGAAGUAAGCAGUUCUCUUCCGCACAGUUUAGUCCCCCACCUCCUGUCUCGUUAACUCCUACACAAACAGUGGCGGCGAUGAAAAUACAACAUGAUCAGUUAACUCGUAGGUUGAACCUAUCUAAAAUUCAAAACUUGAGUACGGAUGAGGCACAUAGUCUGGCGCUUGAAUGUGUGAGAAACACAAUGAUGACAGGCUCGCGACCAGUUGCCCCAAGUCAAGCAUUACCAAGACAGACUACUGUCCAAGCUCCUGCAUUGAAUACUCCGGCUACCAAAUUCAUUCAGUUGAAACGAACGGAUUUGCCAAACUAUGCGCAAGCUACGGAACUAAUGCGACGAGCUCAGAUGAUAAAACAAGCACGCCUCAAGUAUCAAGGCAUUCUUCCUAAACCAACAACACAGAGACCUGAGAGUAGACCUGUACAGCCAACCCAAAGAAUACAAAGAUCAUUAAACGCAGAGGACCUUCAACUUCUAUCAACGACACGAGAACUUGCGUCGCUAAGGCAACAACAAAAACUUCUCAACGAGUUUGCUGCCGCGGCCAUGCAUGGGCGUAGCAAACCACCCCUUCGGACUAGUGAAACAAUUCGGGCUGCCAGUUCUAGCAUGUCACCUAGAAUGACAUCACCCACCAAUGUAUCGAUAUCACAUCAAAAUAUAUCGAAUAAAGCACAUUCUUCUCAACGUCAACUAAUGCCAUUCUCCAACAUGCAGCCACGGUUUUCCGUCGUUUCUCCCAAAAAAGUUUCCCAGUCCGCACAAGACCACAUGCGGAAAAACGGCGCGAGCAUUCACGCAGUUCGGGAAAAUGGCGUCAAGUCUACGGAUUUUUCUAGAGUUCCCAGCAACGCCAGUCCAUCUUUAUUAAACAAUUCCCGCGAUACAAACAUAGAUAUAUAUAAACAUACAAUUGCAAAAGCGAGGGAUACGAUUCGACAAAUGGACAGCUUGAAAAAUCGAAUGGCGGCCCCUGGUGUCCGGGGAAGAACUCUGAUUAGUCCCCAUCAGUCUCCGAGAUUUCAGAAACGAUCACCAACUACAAGAACGACUUUCGCGCCUCGAGUGACACAACCUGUUCUGAUCGCCCCAAAACCAAUCCCGACUCUUCCUCGUUUACCAUCGCCAAAGGUGGCGCAGCCGAAUAUUCAGAAUAAUGCCAGACCUUCUACACGACCCCAAAAAAUAUUUUCCCCGAUUAUGACGUCUCCUUACGCUCCCAACAGACACACAUUCCCUCCUCCGUUGCGUACAAUUAAGCCUACCGAAACUCCUGUAACUGCUACAAAUCAGCCCGAACAAGAACAGCCAUUAUGCCUUGUCAUGAAAAAAUAGGCAUUUAUUGGGCGCAAAGUACUAAUUUGCAAAUUUUCAGUUCCUCCUUGCUUUGUUGCACUAAUGGGUGCAAUUUUAAUCAUGUAUUUUGUUUAUAUUUUAUGAAUUAUGCCGAAAAUUAUUUUUCAAUAAUCAGCAUAACAAAGGAGCAUCAA